AUGACUGGCAACAAAAUCCAAAUACCCGUCGUCUCCAUGAUCCCCGGCAUUGGUCAAGCCGUGCGCGAACAACUUUCGUCUUCGACGGACUCGUCCGUCGCAGCCCAAUUGUACCAGUCUUCGAAGCUCGAGAUCGUCGACCUGCCUAUGCCUGUUGUCCGUCCCUCUGAUGCUCGAAACAAGCACCAGCCAAAGGAAUCGAUUGGUAAUGGCGCUUCAAAAACCACUCAGUGGGCGCUUGACCCUGACCAGCAGCAAAUUCUACACGACGCCGAGGUGAUCUUAAUGGACGCUCAUAUUGCCGCGCCGCUGUUACUCGCCCCCGAGACAAACCUACCCUUCGAGCUACAGCACCUGCUGAAGAAGGUGCAAUGGGUGCAAGGCACUUACGCCGGAGUGGACUCCUAUCUCCAGUACUCCAGUUCACCAGCAGAUGUGGGCUUCACGGUCUCACGUGCAGGUGGGAUCAUGCCCUCAGCGUUGGCGCAAUUUGUUUUCGGCUAUGUCGUUGCGCUUGAGCGCAAGUUCUUCGAGGCAAAGAAGUACCAAGACCAGCGCAUAUUUGGCCGAUGGGACCUCAAGUACCGCUCGUACCGGAAUCUGACCGUUGGUAUCCUCGGUCUCGGUGAAGUUGGGCAGGAGAUUGGACGUAUGUUCAAGACGUCCGGGUUCAAGGUGGUUGGAUUCAAGCGCCGAAUUCGGAACGGAGAUAAGAGGCUGCUGGUCUCAAGUGCUGACAGUGUGUCCACCCAUCUGACUGAGGUGCUCGAGCAGAGCGACUACGUGGUAAAUGUCCUACCUAGCACAAAGGCGACCCGCUACUUGUUGACCGAAGAAACUCUUGAUGUUUGUCGUAACAAGCGACCGGUAUUCGUCAAUGUGGGUCGUGGCGACGUCAUUUCGGAAGAAACGAUCAUCAGCGCACUUGACAAGGGCUUGCUGUCGAAAGCCGUGUUGGACGUUUUCGAGCAGGAACCGCUGCCAAAGGAAAGCCCUUUGUGGUCGCAUCCGAAGGUGAUUGUAACGCCUCAUAUCGCUGGAACGGUGUUUCCAGAGGACGUUGCGGCCUGGUUUGUGAAAAACCUCAACCUUUGCUUGGAGGGACUACCUGUUCUGUAUCAAGUGGACUGGUCAAGUGGUUACUGA